AAUGAGGACCAAGUAGACACCAACGGAUUUGACAGUAAGGGGAUCAGUGUAUUUAGCAAGAGCAUUUUCAGUAGGGACUGAAGUGCCAGCCUGAGAGAAAAGGAACUCUUGAGAGGAGAGGUCACUGAAGCUGUAACACAAUUGGAACAAAAUAUGGAAUGGGUUUCAUUGGUGACUGCAUCCAGCCAAACAAACAGUAUUGACAGUAGCUUGAAAAUCACCAGUUAGCAGUUUCUUCACGCUCCAACACUACACAGCACUUUCCAGAGAGAACUCAUUGUGUGCAAGAAAUCUGCUUUACAAAUUGGUCUCAGCAACCUACAACUUUGUCUAAUUAAAUACUUACAAAGGGGAAGGUUAUCUACAAGAACAUCCAAGAAAAAUGGCGCUGGAUGAAUACCUGUGGAUGGUUAUUGUGGGUUUUAUCAUUGCCUUUAUCUUGGCAUUCUCAGUUGGGGCAAAUGAUGUUGCCAAUUCUUUUGGUACGGCUGUGGGCUCUGGUGUAGUCACUUUGCGCCAGGCCUGCAUUCUUGCUUCAAUUUUUGAAACGACUGGUUCAGUGCUACUGGGAGCAAAAGUAGGGGAAACUAUUCGUAAGGGUAUAAUAGAUGUGAACCUGUACAACAGCACUGUGGAUCUACUGAUGGCAGGAGAAGUCAGUGCAAUGGUUGGAUCUGCAGUUUGGCAACUGAUAGCAUCAUUUUUAAGGCUCCCAAUAUCUGGAACACAUUGCAUUGUAGGUGCUACUAUUGGAUUCUCAUUAGUUGCAAUUGGUACACAAGGAGUCCAAUGGAUGGAACUUGUGAAGAUUGUUUCUUCUUGGUUUAUCUCCCCACUUUUAUCUGGUAUGAUGUCUGGUGUGCUGUUCCUGCUGAUUAGAUUCUUCAUCUUAAAUAAGGAAGACCCUGUACCAAAUGGCCUUCGUGCCCUUCCAGUGUUCUAUGCUGCUACAAUAACAAUUAAUAUGUUCUCCAUAAUGUAUACAGGUGCCCCAGUCUUAGGAAUCACUCUUCCUAUGUGGGCAAUAGCACUAAUAUCAAUUGGUGUAUCACUAGUAUGUGCUGCCUUAGUCUGGAUAUUUGUUUGUCCAUGGAUGAAACGAAAAAUAGCAAGUCGGUUAAAGAAAGAAGGUGCAUUAUCAAAGAUAUCUGAUGAAAGCCUUGAUAAAAUUCAAGAGGAAGACUUGCCUGUCUUUAAGGAACUUCCUGGUGCCAAAGCCACUGAUGAAAGUACCAUUCCUCUCACUGCUUCUGCAACAGAGGAGGCUGGUGCAUCAGACAGUAUAGCAAAUGGAAGUCAUCCCCGCGUGCCAUACGGAAGGGCAUUUUCCAUGACCCACAGCAUGGUGAAAUCUCCAAUUUCCAAUGGCACAUUUAAUUUUGAUAGCCAAAUGAAGAGUGAUAUACAUGUAUAUCACACUGUGCACAAAGACUCAGGAUUGUACAAAGACUUACUGCACAAAAUACACUUAGACAGAGGUGCUGACGACAGACCAACACAAGAAAAUAACUACAAGUUAUUGCGGCGCAACAACAGCUAUACGUGUUAUACUGCUGCCAUAUGUGGGAUGCCAGUGCAUUCGUCCUUCAAGGCUGUUGAUGUGUCGGCUGCAGAAGAUAGUGAAAAGCUAGUUACUGACACGGUGUCUUAUUCAAAAAAGAGAGUUCGUUAUGACAGCUAUUCCAGCUAUUGCAAUGCUGUGGCAGAAGCAGAAAUUGAAGCGGAUGAAGGUGGUGUGGAGAUGAAAUUGGCCUCUGAGUUAGUGGCUCCUGCCCAUCCAACUGAGGAUCCUGUAGAAGAAGAGAGAGAUGAGACAGACUCCUCACAAGUCCACCUGCUCUUUCAUUUUCUCCAGAUCCUUACGGCUUGCUUUGGGUCUUUUGCUCAUGGAGGCAAUGAUGUUAGCAAUGCUAUUGGCCCUUUGGUUGCCCUUUGGCUUAUAUAUGAGCAAGGUGGUGUCCUGCAGGAAGCUCCUACUCCUGUUUGGCUCCUGCUGUAUGGAGGUGUUGGCAUCUGUGUGGGCCUUUGGGUCUGGGGGCGAAGAGUGAUUCAAACCAUGGGCAAAGAUCUGACACCCAUCACACCCUCGAGUGGAUUCACUAUUGAGUUGGCUUCGGCGUUCACAGUUGUGGUAGCUUCCAAUGUUGGACUUCCUGUCAGUACGACACACUGCAAGGUUGGCUCUGUGGUAGCAGUUGGUUGGAUACGCUCCAAGAAGGCCGUUGACUGGCACCUCUUCCGCAAUAUCUUUCUUGCUUGGUUUGUGACUGUUCCUGUUGCUGGCUUAUUCAGUGCUGGCAUCAUGGCAAUUCUCAUGUAUGGUAUCCUGCCAUAUGUCUGAUUUAGUUGUUUCUUCAGGGAAGAAGGGAGUCUUUCUUUAAAUAAAUGAAGCCAAGAGCUGUCUCAGAAUGCAAAGCUCCCUAUUUAAACCAUAUACUGCAGUAUGUGCUAGUCAGCAAGGAUUUAUCCUCAGUAUCUUAACAUCUGCUGUACAUAUCAUCAGUGUCAUUGGUUGACAUAACACGUGGUGCCGUUUUCUUCUGUAUUAAAGAAAUAUAUAUAUAUGCUUAUAGUAGGUAACACUACCUUAAAUUAUAAGUGAGGUGAAAAUAAUUGCCUAGAACUUAAUCUCUAGUAAAACUUGUACAUAAUGUAUCAUUUAGUGGCAUUUUUAAAAAAAUCUUUUAGAGAGGCUGGGAUGUUUUGUCAGUUUGAUAUAUGAUAUCUGAAGCAAAGUGCAAAAUGAAUACACUUCUUUUUUUAAACAAAUCUGUUUAAUAGUACUGGAGCAAAACAGUGCAGAAGUAUAUUGGUAAAAAGAUUGUUCAUAUCAUAUUGUUGUGUAUAAAUACUGUAUGAACAUUGAUUUUAUAAAAACUUACAAAGAUGUAGCUUUUUAAUGGUGCAUUUCCCUCAUAUAUUUUGGAUAAGAAAGUUUAGAAAGAACCAAAGAAGGGGAAUGGCUUGUCAGUAUUAUAUUAUUUGUUUCUCUGUGUGUGCUGUUUCUCUCCUCACCCAUAUAACUUUCUAAUAAAGAUUAUUUUUUACUCAUCAGCCACCACCAAAGCUUGAAGUAACAUCACUAAUGGUUUACAGUAACUAGUAAAGUGUUGUACUGUUAGAAACUAUACAUCAACUAUUGUCCACAUGGGAUGUAGUGAAAACCAAGUUUUGUUACAUGUUGAACUUGGAACAGUCUCUAAAUAUACAUAUCCCACCCCUUAUAUAUUACUCUGCUUCUGUUCCCAGAACAUCCACUAACUAGCAAAUUGAAGGGGUGGAAGAUGAGGAUUUUGUUUUGUUUUCUUGUUGCCUCCAGUAAGUCUCAGUUGUGCAGUGUCAGUUGGAGGAUGAUGUCCCCAUAUACGUUGAUGAUGCCAUGCGCAGUGUCUAAAGAGAAAAGGAAACAAUCUGGGCUAGCUUUGGGUGUCAACUAAUAGUCAAUGGCCGGUGUUUGAAAGUGGCUGUUAAAAUUGUUGUCAUACAAGUUUUUAAGAUGAGAAGGAACAGACACAAGUGCUACUUUGGACAUUAACUCUUAGCAGAAUGAGAUUUCCUGCAGCAUAGCUCUUUCUUGUACCCAUCAGUAAUAUCAAAUGUCUGAGACCACAUUGCAAGAGUCCACACUGCAGCAUCUUAUGCUAGCAUUGCUGCAGAUCAGGGGUGGCAUGGGAAGAAGCUGCAGUAUGGACUGAUCUGCUAUCACCUUGGAGUUGAGAUGCUGUCAAGGUCAGCUAGAGAGAAUCACCAUGCACUACUGAAGGCAAUCAGACAGGAGCCCUAAGAAACCAGUUCUUCAAAACAAAGAGGCAUCUGGUUUCCCAGUCCCCUGCACCUAGUAAAAUGACAAUGCUACUGAAUAGACCUAGAGGUCUCUGGACGUAGAACUGCAACUUGCUGUAAUUUGUUGGGUGUCUGAUGAGGAUUUCCUUAGUAGCAUUAGAAGAGUAGAGUAGCAUUACCUGAUAAACAGCUGGUGGAAUCUAAUUGCUAUGGAAGACCCCUGGGAAGUUCUGCUGCUGAAGUUAGUCUCUUUUGUACAGCUCACAUUUAUUUCCAGUGGGCUUGUGCAAGAGAUCUUCCUCCUUGGCAUAUUGUGACAGUGCACUUGUUGGAUUUACUGGAGUGAGUUUAUGGAAGCAGUGCUUGGAGGAGUUUGGGAACCUACGACUUUUGAAAUGCUGCUACAGUUUUGAUACAUGAGCUUUCUUGGUACUCCAUUGUGAAACUUUUUCAUCACUCAUUCGUUCUAAAUUUAUAAUAAAAUAAUGAAUUGCCCCAAAACGUCUUUCUUGCUGGUGUUCUGGCUUUAAAAAAAAAAAACUACUACGUACUCUGGGUUUUUUUUCCUCUCUCUUUACAAUCAACUCAAUUACAGGCACUUUUGUAACACAAAACAUUUCUUGCUACUUUGCACGGGUUGUAAAUCAUUUAUUUAUCCUCCCUGUGUGUGAGCUCUUGUUUAGAAUUUUGUAACAAUGGGGGGCAUGCAUACACUUGCCUGCACUUCCCCGCACUGUCAAAGCCCAAAUAAAG